ACAAUAAAAUUUUGCGUUCGGCUGUUCGACUUUUCCUUGGCAGCAAAUAAAAAGCCGAGCAUCCGUGAUGUCCGACGAGGUUGCAAAAGCCCAGGUGGCUGACUCGACCGAUGGUGAUACGAUCUUCGGGAAGAUCAUCCGCAAGGAAAUCCCCUGCAAAUUCAUCUACGAGGAUGAUAAGACCGUUGCAUUUCACGAUAUCAGCGCCCAGGCACCGAUCCACUUCCUGGUAAUCCCCAAAAAACCGAUUCCGCAACUGUCGAAGGCGACCGAACAAGAUGAAGCCCUACUGGGUCAUUUGAUGUUGGUAGCGAAGAAGGUGGCUUUGGAACAGGGCCUCGAAGAAGGUUUCCGUAUUGUUAUCAAUGACGGCAAGAAUGGUGCCCAGUCGGUUUACCAUUUACAUUUGCACGUCCUCGGCGGACGGCAGAUGAAAUGGCCACCAGGUUAAAGUACAGUGUUUUAACAUUUCGGAAUAAAU